AUGCUGUCCUUGCUGUUCUUCGGCGUGUGCAGCGCUCUGUCUCUGGUUAUCAGCUCAGAUUCAUGCAACGAUGUUAGUAUGCAAAAUGAGACGCCUUCAGUAGACCAGCCUUUUGCUUUUAAUUGCACAUACCCUCCUCUAACAACUGGGAAAGUCCAUGUAACAUGGUAUAAAUAUCCUAACAGAACCCCAAUAUCCAAAAAUACACAGUCUAGAAUUCACCAGUACCAAAAUUGGAUUUUGUUUCUCCCCUUGGCACUGGGAGACUCUGGGAUCUACCAAUGUGUUAUAAAUGAUACAAACAUGUGUCAUAACAUACAUGUAAACCUAACUGCUUUAAAAAAACAAUGGUGUGGCCCUUCCAGAAAAAGUCAACUGGAUUUAUCAGAUGAGUAUAAACAAAUAUUACAUGUUGGAAAAGAUGACAGCCUUACAUGUCAUCUGAACUUCCCCAAGAGUUGGAAUUUGGAUUCAAUAGAAUGGUAUAAGGACUGUAAAGAGAUUAAAGGAGAGCGGUUUACUCCUUUGAGAAUGAAGCUUUCAGUGAAUAAUGUUUCCGCAGAUGACAGAGGGAACUAUGCGUGUCUAGCAAGACUGACACAUGCAGGCAGACAGUACAGUGUUUUAAAUAGCAUUACGGUGACCACCACAGAAAAAGCUGUAUUUGGAGGAAGAAUCCCUAAAAUCAUUUACCCAAAAAACAACUCAAUUGAAGUAAAACCUGGCUCCACCCUAAUUAUCGACUGCAACAUAACAGACACGAAGGGGAAUACAAAUCUGAGGUGCUGGAGAGUCAACAACACUUUGGUGGAUGUUUACUAUAGUGAAUCCAAACGAAUCAGAGAAGGCUUCGAAAACUGUACUUAUUUUAAGGAUCAUAAUUUUUAUACGAUGAAUAUAACCUUUCUGGAAGUGAAAAUGGAAGAUUAUGGCCUCCCUUUUACAUGCCAUGCUGGAGUAUCUGCAGCUUACUUUAUAUUAAAACUCCCAGAUCCAGAUUUUCGAGCUUAUUUGCUAGGUGGACUUCUCAUCUUGACAGGUGUGAUGGCCACUGUUGUGUGUAUCCACAACAUUUUUAAGAUUGACAUUGUACUUUGGUAUCGAAGUGCCUUCCGUUCUACUCGAGCCACAGAAGAUGGGAAAUUGUAUGAUGCAUAUGUCCUAUACCCCAAGACUCAAAGAGAAACUCAGAGCCAUGAUAUGGAUACACUGGUGUUAAAGAUCCUGCCUGGGGUGCUGGAAAGGCAAUGUGGAUAUAAGCUAUUCAUUUUUGGUAGGGAUGAAUUUCCUGGGCAAGCUGUGGCCAGUGUCAUUGAUGAAAACAUUAAACUUUGCAGGAGACUGAUCAUAGUCUUAGCACCUGAUUUGCUGAGCUUUGACCUGUUAAACAACAUGUCAGAAGAACAAAUUGCAGUCUAUAAUGCUCUCAUCCAAGAUGGAAUGAAGGUCAUUCUGAUUGAAUUGGGGAAGAUCAAGGACUACACAGUCAUGCCAGAGUCAAUCCAGUACAUCAAACAGAAGCACGGGGCCCUCCAGUGGAGCAGGGACUCCAUAGAGCAGUCCCAGUGUGCAAAGACCAAGUUUUGGAAAAAAGUCAGAUACCACAUGCCGCCCAAAAGGUACCCGCCAUCUUCUCCUACCCAGUUGCUGAAGCACAUGCCCUGUGACCUCACGGCAGGUUAG